AUGUCCUUUCUAAACCGCCUAGCCGGCCUUCUUGGCCUAUCAUCCCCCGCCCCCGUUGCGCCCCCAGGUGCCGCUCUGGCAGCAACAGUCACAGUGCCUGCAUCAUUAGGAUUUGUCCCGGUCGCGAUUCAUUUUGAUCUCUUCAGCAUCCUUGUAGAACAUGGUGGUCCUGCGACUGUUGAUGAAGUGACCAAAACAUGCAAUGAUCGCAUCAAUGCGCGAGGAAAGAAUGAACCGGAGCUGAGUAUGUCUUUGGAGAGAAUUGGGUGCUUUCUCCAACCUGUCUCUUGUUUACUUCACUUGACUAAUCUCGGAAUAGGUACCAGGUUAGCCUCGGACACACUUUACAUCAUGUCUGGACUAGGCAUGGUAGAAUGCGUGGCUGAAAACAUAUUCUCGGCAAAUGCCAUCACAAAACACAUGGUUGCCAUGCCAUCCGCGCAGCAUGGCGCAUUGCACUUCACCACAGAGGGACUAAUGGCCGGCGCCUUUUUGAUGAAAAAGCUCGAAGACACUGGCUUCGCAUACCCCUUCACAGACGCAGACGGACCCUUGCAAUACGCAUAUCAACUAAUGGGCCAGCCCGACCUAGCGUCCCAACACACAUACUCAAUCAUGGAGAAGCAAGGGCGCAUGGAUAGCUUCAAUAAUUUCAUGGUCGGCAAAUUCCUCAAAUUCGGAACUUUCCCGGACCGCGUCAAGUCCAUGGGCUACGAUUUGGAUAGCGCGCUCGCUGGCUCUGGAUCUGCGGCCAUGGUUGAUAUCGGUGGUGGACGUGGUGAACUUCUCCUCGAGGUGCGGGCGGAGUAUCCCCAUCUGCGAACGGAGGAAUUGAUUGUGCAAGAGUUUAACGCUGACAUUGAUUCUCUGUCUUGUGUUAGUUUGAUGGAAUGGAAUUUCAAGGCAUCGGGCGAGCAGCCUGUUCGUGGGGCGCGGAUCUAUUCCCUGCAGCAUAUUCUGCACAAUUUACCUGAUUUGGAUGCUGUGGCGUUACUGCAGAAAAUCUCUCGGGCUAUGUCGCCGAACUCGCGGAUACUUAUUAUUGAAUACGCCAAAAAUAUGACUUAUACCUCGCUCCAUGCGAGUAUGAUUGCGUUGUAUGGAGGACGCGAGCGGAGUGCGGCUGAGUGGCGACAGAUUGCGAGUUUGACGGGGUUGGAAGUUACUUUUGAGAAGUAUGUCAGGGCUGGCGAGUCCCUGGUGGAGAUGAGGCGGGUCAUUGAUCCGGAGGUUUGA